UGAUACGAGACAACAGAUGUUAUUUUCAUUGUCCUCUGUCUUCAGAAAAUUGACUAUAUAAGUACAAGCAGGUCCACGUCUGUAUCUGUAUCGUCAUCCACUGAUUCAGUACCCGACGGCAGCCAUGACACUUGUCCUCAGCAUCCUUGUGUGCGCCUCGCUUCUUCCAGCUUUGACUGCGGCAGGUACCCUUUACACACGUUGGGGAAGCAAGGGGUGUGCUUCUGCAGGAGCUACGGUGUAUUCAGGUUAUAUGGGCGGAAGUUUUUACGCCCAUCCCGGAUCUGGAGCCAACUACCUGUGUCUACCACCCAAUCCCGUACCCACUAACAUAUCAAGACCUGCCUACGUCUCCUCCGUGUACGGCACCGAAUACGAAGUGACGAACCGGCCAGAGAACGACCAGGAUGCUCUGUGUGCCGUGUGCUUCGUCACAGACCGUAUAGCCAACAGCAUCAUGUACCGGCACAAACAAGUGUCCGUCUGGGUGGAGCUCCGAGUACACGGGUUUACUCUAUGA